CAAAAACAUAUGGAUCGAUAGCACCAGACAGUGCGAGUGAAUACGAUGCACCAACAAAAAAAAAACAUCUAGUUGGAAAAUACAGUAUUGAUUUAGUGCUUACAUAUUACCAACAUCUAGAUUACCUGUACCCAAGCUCCGGUUAUUGAUUUUGCCGAGAGCUUGUUGCUUGAAGCUGCGUUCGGCCCGUGUCGGCGCCUGCUCGCCAUGGAGGAAACAAAGUCAAUUCUUCACGAGCUGUAUGUGUUUUCGGAGUGGAAGCCGGAGCCUGAGUACCUGCAAAAACCAGAUAGUCUUUUGCCAGAAAAUAUCUCAGCACUAUGGCGUUGGCUGAAGUUCUUCGGGCCUAAGAAAAGCCUUAUCGAUAGUGUUACAGCUCAUAAAGAGCGUCAACAAAAAUGGCACAUUGCUCUCGGGGAUGAGGGCAAAGUGAUAGCCGUUUUAACCGAUAAUAUAUUAGAGAUCAGAACAAAGAGGUCUGAAUAUGCCACAAUCGCUGCUAGGACUACAGUAAGUCGCGAUGCGUACUCGCAGUGGCGCAAGUUGGUCUGGAGCCCCGACUGCUCGUUCGUGGUUGUCGCUUACGGGAAUGGAAUCGUCAGCUUCUACGACCUCACUGCAUCGAACCUGUUCAACAUACCUGCUGACUGCAACCGGCCGGGCGGGUUGGAGUGCACUGACAACACCCAUGCAGUUGCUGAUGUUAUAUUUAUGCCUUUACGGGUGAAGGACAACAAAUGGAGCUGGGAGGUGCUAGUAGUGACAUAUGACGGGCGCCUGCGCGGGUACUUGGUCUCUCAGACCGACGGCUUCAAGCUGCACCACACCUUCCGAUUCGCGGGCGGGGUCGGCGCGGUGACGUACUGCGCACUACAUUCGACGCUCUACGUAGCAGGCUUGCCUCGCGGGCCUGGGAAGGACCCAUCAUCGCCUCUCAGCGCGGGCAUCACAGCAUGGCGCAUCCUGAACGACGAGCCGUUCUACAAGCUGAGCGUGGUGUGCGAUCAGUUGGAAGCGCGCCUGGCCAACCAGCGCUUCCAGGUCUACAUCCCCUUCGUGUCGGCCAAGCACCUGGCUUUCAUAGUCCAAAUGGUGCUGUCGCCCGACGCCAGCCGCCUCGUCUGCCUGCACUGCAACGGUGACGUGUCAAUAUGGCGGCUGCCGCUUCUCAAGUUAUUGCACCGGCACCCGCUCGCGUCGCAGCCGCAGCACGACCUGCGCAGCCCGCUCGUGAGCGACAAGCAAGCCAAGUGCGACGCCGCGACCUUCCUGGCGGCUGACGUCAACUGGUGGAGCAACGAGGAAAUAAUAUUGUCGCGGUUCAGCGGCGCCGUCACGGUGUGCAAUAUUGAGAACAUGGUCAACUUGCUGGGAAAGAAACCAGAGUUCUUCCAAGGGACGCCGCAGGUAACUUGCGCACACGAUGGAGCGUUCAUGGCUCUAGAAUGCGAAUCAAAUGUGCUGCCGGCUAAGAAGUCUAGGAGUGACGAAAGUAUGGAAAUGGUAAAAAUAGAAGAAGCCAUUGACGACUCGAUGUACGAAUUGGGCAAGGAGCUGCUUAAGUCCGUGUUAUACGCCAUCACGGACAUGGAGACUUUCCAGCCGAAGCCGCGCCGCAUCACGGUCGUGUCGCGGAUCUAUCGCUUGCUGGGCGUCAAGAGCACCACGCCCACUGAGUUAUUUUCGAGGAAAAUCGAAAGCGGCAGCUACAGCGAAGCGCUAACAUUAGCCGAAACUUUCAAGUUGGACAGCGACCUGGUUUACCAACAACAAUGGAGGAAGAAUCCUGUCUCAACUGAUGCCAUACAAAAAUAUCUGAGUAAAGUAUCAAAGAAGAUUUGGGCCGUCCAUCAGUGUGUAGACCGUUUGCCAGAAACGCUACCUGCAGCUAAAGAACUAUUACAGUUUGGUUUGGAGUUAACCAAUGAACAUAUUUUACAUGAGAUCAACAAAGAUCGUGAUGAAGAUGAUCUGAAGGACCCCGAUGAUAUUCGUCUGGAAGAUCUUAAUUCUUAUACCAGUGAGUUGCUGAGGUGUCGUCACGUCAUGCUCUUUUAUAAAGAACGCCUGAAGCUAUACGAGUCGAUUCUAAAGAGUGAGAAGUCAAUAUACGCUAAAGACGAGUACGACCGCCUUCGCAGCCACAGCCUCGUGCACAGUUCCAUAGAGAUCGCCAAAGAAGGCCGCAUAGACGCGCUCACUUGUCUAUGGCCAAACAUCAAAUCUGUGGCCAUGCAGCUGACAGUACUGGAGCACUUGCCAGAGACAAUUAAUCCGUUGGAGUACCAACAUCUUUUGCCGACGAAGCACCCAUUCAAACAUUGGUUCGACAAAAAGUCUCCUAUCAAGGUUAAAGCAACGGAGUAUGAGCAUGAUUGGUGCAGGAAGGAAAUCUUCAGAUCCAUAUGGAGUUCCAACUGGUCAGAAGACACGACGCCCGAGAGCGAGGCCCCAGCAGCUCUGACCACGGUCACAGACCACGAUAUUGCGGACUGGUACAACAAGCGAGCGCGUGAGAUCGAAGAACGUAGCGGUCUCGCUUCAUAUGCGCUACACUUGGUCACUUUAGCCACAGUCGGUGGCGGCGUUGAAGGCCUAGACCUUAUCAUGUUCCACCUACUGACGUUGGAUACGCUGAUAUAUGAUAUUAAUGUGGAAGGGGUGACGCUUGCGUUCAUUGAGAAGCUUUCGACGCUUCACACUUGCAUGCUGCUGAUGAAGAUGUCCACGCCAGCGACGUUCGUGGCAGAUCUGAAGGCGUUCGUGAUUCCGUUCCUGAAGCGCUAUGAGAACUUGACGCUGAACAAAGCCGCCUGCAUCCACGGGCUCACUGACUACCUCCAAAAUAUUAGCACUGACGACCUUUCCAUGAUACUGUUGGUGCUGCAAUCUCCCAACGAGUUCGAGCUGGACGUGCGCACGCACCUGGACCUGGUGGAGCGCUGCCUGUUCGCGCACACCGGCACCGACCAGCUCGAGAAGGCCAUCCUCAUGCUGGACACCAUCCUCAAGGAGUCGGAUGGCAGCAUCUCUGAGAGCGAGCUAGUGCGGCGCGUGGGCAUCCUUCAGAAGCUGGUGUCGGGCUGCGAGCGCAUGGCGCGGCGCGGCGUCAAGCUGUCGCUGCAGGACCUACGAGCUGUCUACACCGAGCACCCGCAGGCCAAGAUGCUGCUCAUACGACUCUCCCGCACCCUGGCCCUCGAGGGUGAGAAGCCGUCUCCACAAGACUGGGCGGAGCUGCUCAAAGACUUACUGGAGCUGCAGUCAAACCUGUUCUUGUUAUGCAUCACCAAGGAUGAAGUUUACGAGAUCUACGCAUCCGCUCUGCUAUCAUCAGGCGAUACGAACAGCAUUAAGCUAGCUUCGGACGUGCUGACGUGCUCGCCGAACGCUCGGCGCGGCGCGCACAACGUGCCGUAUGCUCGCAGCGUGCACCUCGUCACCAUCGCAGCGCGCGAGUACUUCAACUCGGCGUCAUCGCUCAACGACACCGCGCUCGAGGCGCCGAGGUGUUGCUUGCAAUUGAUUCAAGAGGGGAAUCCCGAGAUAGAAGAGGAGCUGGAUCUUAUUGCAUCCCUUCAAAUCUUAAGCGCUUUCGAUUUGAACCUUCUUCCUAUUCAAGUUCGUCUAUGCGAGGACCGGAUGACGCUGAUCGAAGAUUGCUUGAAAGCGGACCCUAACGCUUAUCUGGCGAGUCACAAGCUGCUCAAACUGGCGAAGCUCCUGCGAGUGUCUGGCAAUGACGAACAUUUGAGGGAAGCCCGCGUGUUGCAACUAGUGGGCAGCGCGGCUAUUAAUGCGGGCCCGGCCGGCUGGGGCGCGGCGGCUGACGCGGCGCGGCGGCUGGCGGCGCUGCACCACGCGCCCGCGGCUGCUCUAUUAGCGCAUGGAAUACAAACUAUGCUAGUUAACUCCGCGCCCGCGGCGGCGCUGCUGGCGCAUGUAGCGAGGGUUGCCCACGCGCACGCUGACCUUGAUACGCGCCGGUAUCUGUUGGCAGCGGCCGCGGCGCAUCAACCUGCAGACGGGCUGGAGGACGUGCUCACCACUAGGCAAUACAAACUAGGUAUAUUAGCUGACGCGGCGCGGCGGCUGGCGGCGCUGCACCACGCGCCCGCGGCGGCGUUGCUGGCACAUGUAGCGAGGGUUGCGCACGCGCACGCUGACCUUGAUACGCGCCGGUAUCUGUUGGCAGCGGCGGCGGCGCAUCAACCCGCUGAUGGACUGGAAGAUGUGCUUACGACCAGUACAAACUAUGCGGCGCGGCGGCUGGCGGCGCUGCACCACGCGCCCGCGGCCGCUCUAUUAGCGCAUGUAGCGAGGGUUGCGCACGCGCACGCUGACCUUGAUACGCGCCGGUAUCUGUUGGCAGCGGCCGCGGCGCAUCAACCCGCUGAUGGGCUGGAAGAUGUGCUUACGACUAGACUGGCACUCGAGCUCGAAGAUUUGCAACCAAUGGCAGCAGCUCUGAGGGAGCAACCACACCUGAGCGAGCGCUGGCCUUCCACCGAUGAUGAAUUUGACGACGCUAUCACCACACCCGUCAUAGAGAAGAAGGAUCUGGUGGCGCCGCCGCAGCCCGACAAGAAGGCGCCGCUGUUCACGUAUCUGCUCGACUCCAUUCAGAGCAAGUUCCUUCUGAGUGACAAGUCCUCAUCAGAGGACCCAGACGAGCGCACCGUCCACUGCCCCGAGUUCUACCGCUCGCUGUACCCGCAGCACGCGGCGGCGGGCUCGUGCUACGGGUACGCGCGCUUCACGGCGCCCGCGCCGCCGCCCGCCGCGCGUCUGCUGGCUGGCUACUAUGCGCACGCCUGUCUGAACCACGCCGCGCCCGCCGUAGAACCCGCGGUUGUCCAAAAAUGCGCCGAAGAGAUCCUAUACAAGGACACGCCCCUAAGCGUGGCUUGUAUGCUGCGCUCGACGCAAGACUAUGCUCGCACUAAGAAGCUCCUAGACACCCACAACACCGACACGGCCGUCAGCGCCACGCUCUACGCCACGCUCAUGAAGUGCAACGCGCCGGAAUUGAGGGAUAAUGUUUAUCUGACGCCGCCCUCUGUGAUGGCCCAAACAACUCUAAAACAAAAGAACGCGUCGCAAGAGCAACUCGAAAUAAUCCGGGAGUGCAUCGACCGGCUGACCGGCAUGGGCGAGGUGGAGCGGCUGCGGCGCCUGGGCUACGGCGUCAACGGGCUGCUGUUCAACGCCGACGACGACUACCGCGCCGAGACCGUGUACCGGGUCGCCAGGUCCAAGGAGCCGGAGCACGUGGAGGCGGCGUGCUCGCUGGGAGCCAAGUACGGGCUGAGCGCGCUCGACGUGUGGCUGCAGCACGCCGCCGCGCACGCGCACGCGCCGCUGCCGCCGCCCGCCGCCGCCACGCGGCAGCCCGGCGCGCACGAUAGAAUCAAGGAGACCCUAUGGCCCCUGAUCCGUGGCGACGACCACAGCGCGCUCAUCAACCUAUUCACGAUCCUCAAGGGCAUCGACGACAAGCCGCCACUGUUCGGCCUCACCGCCGCCGAGCACAUCAAGCUGUUGAAGAAAGUCAAGGCUGCUUCUUCAGAGCUGGAUUACAAGAUGCUUCUGGAGCAGCCCACAGCAGAUCAGUACUCGGCGCACCUACUGCGUGUCCUCAAGCCUGAAAACGUGGGCAUGGUGGUGAAACUCAUCAGGACCCUGCCGCCUGCCUUCAAGCCGCCGCUGUCCGUCAACGCGCUGUACACCAUGUGGCUCACCAGGCUCUUCUUUAGUGUGCCGCCGAGCGCUGCUAGUAAUAAGAAAUGGAUGCAGCAGUACCGGCAGUGCGCGAGCUACUUCAACAAGCUGGCCAAGGACGACCUGCAGGAAUUCGUGGCCAACACCUGCUUCACCAGGGAAGCUAUCGAACGCGUACCGGCCGGCACUCGCAGUCUCAUGAUAAUGCAAGCAGUGGACUACUGCCAGCAGGAGCAGGAAAACGACUUCAAGUUCAAUAAGAACGAGCAAACGUGGGCGGGCGUGGGGCAGGAGUUGUCCCGCUGGGCGCGCUUCCUAGACAACUUCCAUUCCAGCACCAUACAAGCGCUAGUUGACGGCUCCGGCGUGCCGCGCACAGAGAUAUGGCCAGAGAUAGAAAUGAGUCACGGUGACCCGGACAAGGUGAUAGAACAAGCGGCGGCGCUAGUGUCCCGCGGAAUGCGAGCGGGACCGCUCAGCUCGCUACUGCAGUGCCUCGUGGGCGAAGACAGCCACCGCGCCUUUGAACACCUGGCGCGGCACGCGAAUACUUUGCAGGACGUGGAAACCCUAGUGGACAGGAUAAUGCAGUACCACAAGGAAGGCGUGAAGUUCCCCGAAGAACUCCUCGAGAGCGUGAUGCACGCGGGCUCUUCCCUAGGGUUGCCACCACACAAGCAGAUCGCGUUGCUGUCGCUAGGGCGAGCGCGCGUUUUGUCUGGAGACGACCUGCCGCGGGUGGCGCGUUAUACCGCCGACCUACUACGCGGAGAGUGGCCUGAUCUGGAUUAUGUACAGGAGCUAACGGAAGAGAAGCUGUUAACCCCUGAAGGCCGGUGCGAGGCGUUCUCGACGCUAAUAUGUGCGGCCGACACGUGGCAGCGACGCAAAGCGCUUGUCGACGCGCUUAACUGCUGGCCGCAUACACUUAACAGCGACUCGCGAAGCCUCCACUGCGUGUACUUAGCAUCGUUGCUGUCUUACACCAGUGAGCUGAAGGAAAGCCUGGUCUUGAUCAAGCUGCUGCUCAGGCGACCGGUGUUAAAUGAAGAGGAAAUAAAAUUGGUGUUGGAGUCCGUGCACCCGGCGGUCUGCGUCAACGCACUUUGGAGCGCCGCGCUCGCUCGCGCGCCGCCCGCCGCCGUGCUGGCGUUACUGCGCGCGCACAAGGAAUCAUUCCGCAAGCAAGAAAUCGACGACGAACUCAUCAAGGAGUUACUGGACAGUGGAAUAUUUAUAAAAUUAGUUUCUACCCCCAUAUACUCGUCAGUUAUAAACUACAUUAUUAGCAGAGAAUCUUCUAGCGACGAAGCCUCGAACGCCUACUCUGUGUCGUGGGCGGUGGAGGAGCUCCGCAAAGCCAACUACUUAGCAGAAGCUGGGCACCUGCAAUUCCUGGCCAUCGGGGUCCCUUCGCCACUCAGGGGAUUCUCACAAUCUAUACAAUAUUGCAAAAAAAUGUUUAGCAAAAAAAUAUAAUCAUUCUAUUCUAUAGUUCUAAGAUUCAAAUUAUAAUGAAAUAUAUUGAAACUAUAAAUCAAUGUCUAUAAGUUAUUGAAUUAUUUAAUAAAUGGAGAUUCACUGGG